GCCAAGGGUAUCCAUCGAUCAUCACAACCCUCUCGUCUCGUCUUUCGCAGUCCAUCUUCUUAUUACACUGCAUUUCCUACGGUUGUCAUCUGCCAAGUCUUCUAUUACAUCUACGUUCUCUACAAUACACAUUAAUUACACUCGUUUGACUCGCAAUACUUCGACAUCGACAUCUGGAUCACCUUCUGCUCGACUCGACUACCUUCUUGUCGAAACAUCACUACACUACUAUCGACUACACUUCUUGAACACCACGAUCUUUCACUCUUUACAAUGUCCUCCGCUUGCGCUUACCGAGAUGGCAACACUGACGGCCCGAUGUACGAUAGCAACGGCAAGAAAUGCGAUACGAUGAACCAUACGACCAAGAUGUUGCUCAUCGCUGGGUGUUCUGCCGCCGGCGCGGCACUCGUAGCUCUAGGUAUCUACUGGUUAAUCCGCCGAGCCCGGAUCUCAAGAAGGUCUUCUCAAAGCGAAGACGGUAAUAACGGAGUCCCCGCUCGUCCGCUCUCCGCCUGGGUCCAUGGUCAACCGGGUACGAUGGCUACUACAGGGGGGUCGAACUAUCAGUAUGAUACCGACGGGGUGGACUAUCAAAAGUACGCGGCGAGGAGCAGGGCGUCGAGUUACAUGAAUACAAAGGCGCCCGAUGGGAGUUAUUCGCCUGUCCUUGGAGUCGGAUACGCUGAGGAGCAGCAAGGGUUGGGAUAUGUGCCGGGGUCUCCUUCGGGUUCGUCAAUGCAACAACAACAACAGGGGAAUUAUUAUAUGCAACAACAACAGCAGGGACAGGUUUCUUACGAUCCCGCCGCUACUCCGACCAAGCGAACCUCGGCUCUUAACAACAACACCAACAGGCGAUCGUAUUACGAUUUCAACCAACAACAACACCAACCGCGAGGCCUCCCCGUCCCACCCCAAUCAGCCGCUAUGCCUCCCAGACGAUACUCCCAGACCUCUCAAGAGCAGGAUCUCAACGGUGAUGUCUACCAAUACAACUACAACUAUGAUAAUCAAGACGGACGGGUCAGGUCUCCCUCGCCCUCCCGUAACCGCGCGGCGAGCCCUUCGGCGUAUUACGCUCACAGGCAGAGUAGGGAGUAUGACCAAGGUUAUGCGUAUGAUGGACAAGGACAGGGGAUGGAGGAAGAGGGACGGGAGAGGGUGGAGAUGCUUUCCCCUGAUUUGAGGUACAUACAGCCCGGCCGAUGAGGUUUCGAGGUCGAGGUGUGUAUGUGUGUGUGAUGGAGGAUGGUUUCCAACCAGGGGCGCAGGUCGGGGUGGGGUUAGAGAUGGGAUCGCGACGUAUCCGAAAGAAGAGGGAGGAGAA